UGAAUUAUCUUAGCUUUUUUUCUCGUGUUAGACCCAGGAGAAAUCUGCUUAUGCUCACUCUGUGUUCUAAGCCAGAUGUGGUUACUGAUGAUUAAUGGAGAAGUGUAACAAGUUGCUAUAUAAUCCUCUGAUAGACAUGGAGCCAUAUUUUGCUGGAUUUAAGCACAUGCAGCAGAACUAUGAAGUCACUCUUGAACUCGCAAGUGAAGAGACUCAAAAAACUAAAAAUGAGCAAAAUUCUAGGACGGGGUCUUAUGGUGUCAGCAUUAGAGUCCAAGGAAUUGAUGGACAUCCUUACAUAGUGCUGAACAAUACGGAAGGGUGUUUGCCAGAAAAUGUUCCUCCUGCUGGAAAAGAACAGCAGGUCAUUCCUCAGACUGUAAACAAACCAGCCACAGACUCCAAUACUGCUUUUAAGUUGGAGGACAAAAUCAGUGAACAUACAAAAUUUUCUGGAGCACAGCACACGCAACCCUCUAUGCCUAAAAAACUGAAGAUAACCAAUGUGAAUGAAAAGGAAAGUGGAAUGCCAGAUUUUAAAGAUGAAACUAUGAGAUCUUCAAAUUUGUUGAAUUUUCAAAGACAUCCUGAACUUUUGCAGCCUUAUGAUCCUGAAAAAAAUAACUUGAACUUGGAUAAUUACCAGUCUUCUGUGUGCAGUAAAUCUAAAUCUUUUGCAGAUGAAAAACCGGAAGCAAAGCCUUGGAUUUCCUCAUCUAAAAUAGUGUCCCUACAGAAAACAAAUACAUACCUUGCAGAGCCAACCAAAGCAAAUUCAAAAAAAAUACAUCCGAACAGGUCAGUAGAAGAUUCAAAUAAGCAGGAUUGUCCCAGUAGCAUGAUCAGCCCCAGUGAUGUGUGUGUUUCAGAGUCGUUUUCACCUGCAGGAGGAUCCCCCUGUGUCAGUCCCACUGCUUAUCCUGAGACAAAGAAACCUAGACCAGAUGUUCUUCCCUUCCGCAGGCAAGAUUCACUGGGGCCAGUAUUGAAUGACUCCCGGAGAUCCUCGUCCUCAUCAGCUACUCCCACUUCUGCAAAUUCCCUGUACCGGUUUUUACUGGAUGACCAAGAGUUUGCCAUCUACGCGGACAAUGUUAACCGGCAUGAGAACAGGAGAUACAUUCCAUUCUUGCCGGGAACCGGUCGUGAUAUCGACACUGGUUCACUGCCAGGAGUAGAUCAGCUAAUUGAAAAGUUUGAUAAGAAAAUUGAUGCUCACAGAAGAGGCAGGUCAGGAAAAAGGAACAGAAUUCAUCCAGAUGAUCGUAAAAGAUCAAGAAGUGUUGAUAGUGCCUUGUCAUUAGGGCUUGAUGUAAACUCAGAUUAUUUAGGUGAAUUCAAUAAAAGCUUGGGUAAGUCAACGGAGCACUUGCUCAGACCAUCUAAAGUUUGCCUUCAUAAGCAGUUUUCCAGAGAUCAAAAUUCACCUUCCAAAGAGAAGAAGAUUUCUGCUCGAAGUAUUGGAAAACUGCAAAUGCCCAAUAAAGACCCCCAGAGCAGCAGUUUCAGCUCUUUGCAACACCAAAAACUGAACGGAACAGAUACGGAGAGCUUGACGGGUAGGUCAGCUACACUCCCAGGACAGUGUAAGAGAGAGGAAGUUAAAACAGUAACUUCUACUUUGUUGUUGCCAAACCGAAUUACAGUUACACCUGAAUCAGGAGCCAAGAAGAUUUCUGUAAAAACAUGCUCAUCUGUCCCUAAUAUACAGGCAACUCCUGAUCUCUUAAAAGGCCAGCAAGAUCUUGCACAGCAGACAAAUGAAGAGACUGCUAAGCAGAUACUUUACAAUUACCUUAAGGAAGGAAGUCCUGAUAACGAUGAUGCAACAAAGAGGAAAGUGAACUUAGUUUUUGAGAAAAUUCAGACUUUAAAGUCAAGAGCUGCUGGAAAGACGCAGGUUUCAGAUUCUUCGGCUGAAGUAAAAGCGUUGAUGGAACAAAAAGCAGAACUUGAAAGGAAAGUGGAAGAGUUAGAGAAAAAACUGGAUCUGGAAAUUAGGAAUCAGCAGAAUUCCAAAGAAGAGAGAGAUGCUACACGAGCAAGUCUGAAAGAUCUUCAGUUGCAGCUUGAUCAAAGUAUAUGUGAAAAGGAAGCCUUAAAAAAACAGCUGGAAGAAAACGAGAAGGAACUCAGGCAAAACCUGGAGGAGCUUUUUCAAGUGAAGAUGGAGCAGGAAAAACACCAGACUGAGAUCAGAGAUCUUCAAGACCAGCUCUCUGAGAUGCAUGAUGAACUGGAUAAUGCAAAACACACUGAUGAAGGGGAGAAAGAGAUUCUGAUUGAGGAGCUGAUGCAAAUGAAGCAGGAUCUGCAAGAAGUAUUAAUAGCAAAAGAUCAACAAGAAGAGAUUUUGAGAAAGAGAGAGAGAGAGCUCACAGCUUUGAAAGGAGCACUUAAAGAAGAAGUAUCCAGCCAUGACACAGAGAUGGAUAAACUUAAAGAGCAACAUGAUAAAGAAUUGCUGGAUCUUCAACAGAGCCUGGAGAAAGCAACAGAGAGUGCUGCUGUCCUUGCAAGUGAAAAAAAAGCUGCACAAGAGGAGCGAAAUAGUAUAGAAAAUAAAGUCAAAGAGCUGAUUGAGGAAAAUGAACGACUGAAGAGAACACUUACCGAGCUAGAGAGGAAAAUUGAGGAGCUACACAAACUAAUUGAUAAUAUGAAAGGAGAAGAAAAUUCAGUGAAGGAAAAAUUAAAGACAUAUGAGGAAGAGAAGCAACAAUUAGAAGAAGCUUUGAAACAUGCUGAAACGGAGGGAAAAGAAUUGUUAGUGUUAAAAGCAACUUUGGAAAGACAGCUAGAAGAUAUGCAGGAGAACAUCCGUUGCAUUUCACAGGAGCGGCAGCAGUUAAGUCAGCAAUUAAAAGAUGAAACUCAGCAGAAGGAGCAGUUAAAGCAGAUAAAGAGUGAAAUGGAGAAUGAACGAUUGCAACUGAACAAGACUGUUGAGAAGUUACAGGAGGAGAUGUCUGAAAUGGUGGAGAUCUCAAGAACAUCAACUCUGGAGCUUCAGAACCAGCUUGAUGAAUACAAGGAGAAAAAUCGCAGGGAAUUUGUAGAUCUGCAGAGGCAAUUAAAGGAGAAAAACAUUGAGGUGGAAAAAUCACGCCUGAUGAACAUAAGAAUGCAAGAUGAGAUGCGGAUGAUGGAAGAAAACCUGAGGGACCACCAGAGAGCCCAGGAUGAGGCAAUAACAAAAACUCAGUUACUGGAACAGACUGUGAGAAGCUUGGAGUAUGAACUGGAAGCCAAAAACCACUUAAAGGACGAUCGGGCAAGACAAAUCAAACUAAUGGAGGACAAGUUGUCUCACCUGGAACUUGAGCUCGAUGAAGAAAAGAAUAAUUCGGAUUUGUUGUCUGAAAGGAUCAGCAGGUGCAGAGAACAGAUUGAACAGAUGAGGACAGAGCUACUUCAGGAAAGAGCUAUAAAGCAAGACUUGGAGUGUGACAAGAUUUCGUUGGAAAGACAGAACAAGGACUUGAAGAGCCGAAUCCUUCACCUGGAGGGUUCUUACCGAUCCAGUAAGGAGGGACUUGUUGCUCAGAUGGAGGCAAGGAUCACAGAGCUGGAAGAACGGCUUGCAAAUGAAGAGAGGGAUAGAGUCAAUUUCCAACUAAGUAACCGCAGACUUGAGAGAAAAGUGAAGGAGUUAAUGUUGCAAGUAGAUGAUGAACAUCUGUCAUUGACUGAUCAGAAGGACCAGUUGAGUUUGCGUUUGAAAGCAAUGAAACGUCAAGUUGAAGAAGCUGAAGAAGAAAUAGACAGACUGGAAAAUGCUAAAAAGAAACUUCAGAGAGAACUUGAAGAGCAACUAGACAUAAAUGAACAAUUGCAAGGACAGCUUAACACAGCCAAAAAAGAAUUAAGUAGACUGAAGAAGUCACCGAGUAAAGUGUUGGCUGAUUCUGAUGAUGAUGACGACGACGAUGAUGAUUUCAGCACGGAUGGUGAUAGUCUAUGUGAAGUACCUUCAGAAAAUAAUUUAUCAAAAGAUGAUGACACAAAAGUCUAAAUAAGUAUGGAUGCAAUUCCUUGAAAAUACUGGAAGAAUAACAUAAAAGAUCAAGAAACUGGAUAUUCUAGAAGCUAAAUAACAUAAAGGGAUUUAAGAGUUGGGAAUAUAAUAUUUCCAUCCAUACUGUGCCAUUUUCAUAUUUAGAUCUCCACUGUUUAUUAUAGAAAACAGGAUUGCAUUAUAA